AUGUAUGUUGCUGACCUUCUCAGUAGAAAUUAUGUAAGAAGAAGUAAUACUGGUGAAGAAAGUCUAAAAGAUGUAAUUCAUACUGUGAGUGAUAUUGAAAUAAAAUAUGAAAAUUCAAAAGAACAAGAGUUUAUACAGAAAACGCAAAAUGAUGAGGUGCUAGGAAAUGUCCUGGAAUAUUGUAAAUAUAGUUGGCCUAAGUCAAUUAAAGAAGAUGAUAUAGCUGAGUUUGAAGGGAAAAGUUAUUUAAUCGUUGUAGAUUACUAUUCCAGGUGGAUUGAAAUUUUAGAAUUAUAUAAUAAAACAAGUGAUGCAGUAAUAGAAGUUCUUAAAAAGUUAUUUAGUAGAUUAAGUGUCCCUAAGCAACUAAUAGCUGAUAACAUGCCUUUUAGCAGUUAUACAUUUAUAGAAUUUUCAAAGAAGUGGAAUUUUCAAGUGAUAACUUCAAGCCCACAUUAUGCGCAGAGUAAUGGUUUAUCAGAACAAGGAGUUGGUAUAGCAAAAGAUAUGUUGAAAAAAAGUAAUUAUACUGGUACGGAUAUUAAUUUUUAA